UUGAAAUCUCAAGGACUCUAGCAGUUUUCCUGAACAAUGAUUAUUUCGUAGAAUACACACAUGCUGUAGGCAGUUUUCUCGAAGAUGUCCUGGUUCAUUGCACACCCACGCACACACACAGGAGUUGUCUUGAUAGAGUCCUGUCUCUGUCCGUGUUAUGUUGGCGGCACUGCAGGUCUGUGUUUGACAACAAUUGUAUUAAUGUUUAUGUAGGAAGCACGCGGAAAUUUUCUUUGCGGACCUUUUUUGUUAAAAUGGAGAACCAGUUAUGGACAAAAGUAUUUCAUGCUGUUACUGGAAGAAACAAAAAUGAAUUAAAAGAAAUUUUUAGUAACUGUAAAGUGACUGACAAGAUGUGUACUGAUGUAAAAUCUGGAGAUACAGCCUUUCACUUGAUCUGCAAAUUGGGAGACUUGGAGAUUCUAAGAUUCUUAGUAGAGGUGUGUGUAGACUCACUAGAGGAUCUGGAGGCCAUGAAUUUUGACCGAAGAACAUGUUUACAUGAGGCAGUAACAGCUUGCAAUGUCAGUGUGGUGAAAUAUCUUCUGGAAAAAGGUGUAACUGUGGAUGCUGUGAAACGAGGCGAAUGGACCCCACUUAUGCUUGCUUGUGCUAAUUCUGGCAUAUCAUCUUGUGAUAUUGUCAGUUUGCUUCUCAGAUUUGGGGCAAAGACAAAAGCUCAGAACAAAGAUGGAUGGACACCAGUCAAUCUUGCUGUGCGUUUAGGUGAUGAAAACAAAAUAAAGCUUCUAGCAUCUGUUGAUAUUGAUGCACUGAAAAUCAAGACAAACAACCAACGAACCAUACUACAUACUGCAGCUCUCCAUGGUAGGGCAUCAGUACUACAGUUCCUUUUGAGCUCAGAGUGUGGCUGCAGGGAGAUGCUGAGUUGUACUGACAUGUGUGGUGUUUCACCUUUCCUUGACGCAGCUGCUAGUGGAAGCUUGGAAACAGUGAAGGUUAUCCUGUCAUAUUAUGAUGCCCUAGGUGACAAGGACAAGAAAGGACUGAGUGCACUUCAUCAUGCUGCACGCACAGGAAGUGUAUUGGUGAUUGAGUUCCUGGUGAAAGAACUAGGAGCAGAUGUUAACAGUGUUUCAGACAUUGAUAGAGUGACACCAUUACAUGUUGCAGCUCGUGAGAAACAGAGUGACGUUGUUCAUCUUUUGAUGAAGCUGGGAGCUGACACUUCUCUGACUGAUGCACAUGGUCGCAGUGUAUUGGAUUACAGUGCAGCUCCCGUCACCUAGCUCAACGGAUAAUAGUGACGAAAUCGUGAACUGUUGCACCAAUACAAUGAGACUAGUUCAUUGGCAAAAGUUUCAUAUGAAGUAGACCAGUAUUUGUUGCGACCAGUCACAGGCAGGAUUUUUUGGACGCAGUCAUGACACGAACUACAGCUAUCACUUGGUACAAUCCCUCCAUUCAUAACUGGUUAAAACUUUGGUCUUUCUGAACCAUUUCAAUUUUGCACUAUUGAACCAGUAAAUAAUACACAAUGUGGUGUCCAGUACAACAACAAUGCAAAUGUUGAAAUGAGGCUUAAAUUCUUGCUUCAGAGUAAAACCCCAGUAAUGAUAAAAGCUGAUGUUUUCCAAAACACAACUUCUUCCACAGCUCCUGAAUUACUGCUUUGAUACCUUUUAGGUACAGGGGAUAUUCUCUCGCUUCCUUAUUUCACAUCUUCAUAUUUUGUGUUCUUGAGCGGGUACAGUUGAAAUACUAGUGGCUGUGAUGGUAUUUAAGAAAUUUUCUUGAUAAGUUGUGGUCUCCUGAAGAUAUACAGACAGUUUUCUGAGAUUAUGUUAGACUUUAUUAAUGUAGUUCUCUCUCAUCAAAACCUCUUCUUGAAAAGAUGUUUCUAAUUCUUCAAGUUCCUCGUAUUUUCUUUAGAUGACCUGAAUUUCUUAUCACGCACAAUUUUUCUCUCAGAAUCUUCUGAAGGUUUUCUGUCCAGUGCUUUCAUGAAGGAAAGAGUCCUUGACAUCUUAUUGUGAUAUUCUCUGAAGAAUGUAGCCUUUCUUAACUGCAGUGCCUUUUAUUGGACAUGGCUCUCUCUUUUCUGGUUACUGAAGUGUCCUGUAGUUUUAACUCUGUUUGUUCUCUAAGACAUGGUAAAGUUCUGCCACCUCUUUUGCAAUCUUUAACGUCUCUUUCUUGAGUGUAGACCCCUUCUCUUUAAGACUGUUGUUUCACACUAAGUUCUAGUGAGAGCCUCGCAUAAAGGUACUAUGGCAUACAAUCACAUUAAAAAUUAAUGUGUUCUUUACUUAAUUUAUCUUCCUCAUGUACUCAACAACUCAGACAUUUGAAAAUCUCUAUUUCCUUAUUGUGUUAUUUAGAAAUAAUGUGUUGAAUGUACUAUUCAGUUUCUUCCUUAACCACAUCUCCUCACUGUACAACACCCUCUGCAUUAAAACUGCAUUCUUCACACAGCCUCUUAAGAUGUUUGAAUAUGGUUCCAUUAGAAAUGACUCCCACUAGGUAAUCUGCCUCCAUAUUAAUCAAAAUCCCCAAACUACAAAGAAACUUAAACAAUUCUCUCUUUUUUUGAAAAUAAUGUUGUUUACUUAAAAUCAGUGAGUGUGGUAGCAAAUAUGGCCCUUAUAAUGUUACAUUACUUUCAGUUAUACUGGUGUCUUUUUCUCUUUCAUAAUUAUACGCAUACAUAUUUUACUACAUAAGCAGAGCUCUAUUACAAUUACCAAUGAUUGCAUUAAUGUUUGUGAGUGAUUGAUACAGUUGGUUUCUUGAUUAAAACUUGUAAUGUGGUCUCAAUAAAUCAUCAUGGUUCUUAUCUUG